GUGGUCAUUGGUCAUUCAAAUCUUUGAAUAUGGAAAUAAUAUGGAAAUGUACUGCGGCUGUACUCAAUGUGAAUGAGUAGUUUUUCAUCGGCGGACAGUUGAGCUAAACUACUAACGUUUAUCAAUGGAAAACGAUGUCAAAAAGCGGGAAACUUGGAGCAAGACGAUCGAUUUUGUUCUCGCGCUCGUAGGGUUCUCUGUUGGACUUGGGAACAUUUGGCGCUUCCCUUAUCUUUGCUAUAAGAAUGGCGGAGGAUGUUUUCUGAUCCCGUACCUGAUUUGCCUUGUUUUUGCUGGUGUCCCUGUUCUCAUCCUGGAAGUUUGUCUUGGGCAGUUUGCGAGUCAAGGUGGAAUUACAGCAUGGCUGAUAUGUCCACUUUUUCAAGGCAUUGGAUGGGCAAGUGUUAUCAUCGUCCAGUUUUUAAACAUUUACUACAUUGUCAUCCUUGGAUGGGCUCUGUUUUACAUGUUUGCGUCUUUGCAAUCCGAGCUCCCUUGGUCUCGCUGUGGCAAUGAAUGGAACACGCAGAAUUGUGUUGACUAUAUCACAUCUGAAAAAGGCUCCAGCUUAACCAAUGCCACAGUCAUACCAACCGUAAUGGCGAACAUGUCGAAUAUGUCAACAGUGCCAACUGCUGUGGCAAAGCUAGCUAAGGUGUCUGCGAGUGAGGAGUAUUUUGAACAUAGAGUUUUAAAGCUGAGCAGUGCUUUGGAUGAACCGGGCAUAGUGAACUGGGAUGUAGCUUUGUGUCUCUUGUUGGCUUGGAUUAUCUGCUACCUCUGUGUUUUUAAAGGUGUCAAAUCCACAGGCAAGGUGAGGGAGCUGUUAUCUAAACAUCUUCAAGUUUUUCGCUAUCUUAAGUUGCCUCUCAUAAAGACUUCUGUUGCUGAUAAAAAUUUUCCUUGUUCUUCAAACUCACAGGUGUGGUUGGACGCUGGAACGCAAGUGUUUUUCUCCUAUUCCAUUGGCCUUGGAACGUUAAUUGCCCUCGGGAGUUACAACAGAUUCCAUCACAACUGUUACAGGGACAGCAUAAUAUUUGCUUGGGUAAACAGUGGAACAAGUUUCUAUGGCGGUUUUGUGAUAUUCUCGGUUCUUGGCUUCAUGGCUCAGAAGCAAGGAGUGGAAGUGAAGGACGUGGCAAAAGGAGGUCCAGGACUUGCAUUCAUCGCUUACCCAGAAGCUGUAGCGCAGAUGCCUUUAGCCCCUCUAUGGUCGGUUCUGUUUUUCUUCAUGGUCUUCUUAUUAGGACUCGACAGCGAGUUUGUAGGCAUUGAAGGGUUUGUUACAGCCAUUGUGGACCUGUUCCCGAAACAAUUAAGGCGUGGUUACCGUAAAGAGCUGUUUAUUGCAUUCAUGUGCAGUAUUUGGUUUUUCAUCGGACUGUCCAUGGUUACUAAGGGCGGGAUGUACGUCUUUCAACUUUUUGACAAUUACUCAGCCAGUGGCUCUGCUCUUUUGUGGAUUGCCCUUUUCCAAAGUAUAGCCAUUGGUUGGAUCUAUGGUGGGGAACGUUUCUAUGACGAUAUGGAGAAUAUGAUUGGUUUUCGUAUUAACCCGUGGCUCAAGUGGUGUUGGUCGGUAUUCACGCCUAUUUUCUGUUUGGGUGUCUUUAUUUUUAGUCUAGUGACGUACUCGCCUCUAGAAUACAGCGGCUACAAGUACCCUGACUGGGGAGAAGCCAUCGGCUGGAUCAUGGCUUUGUCUUCAAUUGUGUGCAUUCCAGUUGUGAUGGUAUACAAGUUGGCCACAACACCAGGCUCCUUAAGAGAGCGUUGGGAUACCCUGACCACACCCAGUUUAAAGAAUCAGUCCCCAGAGGCCAACGGCCACAACUUCUCUCAGGAGUCUUACAAACUCCGUGACAAGGCAUCGCUUUGAGGGCUUUGAGUGACGGCGUACCUGUUGUAUUCUUACUGUAUCAGUUUUACAUUUUUGUACCUUCAUUUUCAGAGCAACUUUCUUUCAACAUCAACUGGAUUGUACCAUUGUAAAAUCCCAAUUCCCCUCUGUGACUAUUUUAAUCAAUGUAUGAACUGUUAUGCAAUGGACAUCCUUUCGAGAAAUGUUUACACACAAAUCCUCAAUUGUACCAAAUAAUUCUUUUGCUCACGCAAUCAUGGUGGUAAGGAAAUAUUUAUCAAGCUACUUUUAUAACUUCUAUUGCUUACAUGAAUGUAAUGAUGUGAAUGUUUUCAUCAAAUUUCAAGAACUGAAAAAAAGUGUA